AUAUGGCGACAAAUGGUACUGGCAAACGAACGACGAACAACGCAACGACGACGGUGUUCAGAAAGAAGUGCGUUUUUGUGCGAGCAAUUUCCGGUCGAAAAAUAGCUCUAGUAGAGUCGAAAAGUGCGUAAAACGCGAGUUGAAUGUGUCCGGCGUUCGAAACCGGUGCCGGACAAGAUGCAGAAUGCGGAACAAUCCGGAGUGAAGAACCGGGACAAAUCGAGAAACAGUGUGAAGAAAUCUUCGUCGCUGGUGAAUCAAUCGAAUUCGAAGGCCCUGCACAAGCAGCAGCUGCAGCCGUCUUCGUCAUCCAACAGUAAUAAUAAUUGUGGUAGUGGUAAUAGUAGCGCUAGUGUUAGUACGAGUGGUGGAAGCAAUCGUAGUGUUAGUGGUGGUAACGGAGCCUCACUAGUAGGCAGUGGAACUGCUGCUAAAGGGAAUAAUCCGAAACAGCAGCAGAAUAAUUCGUGUCGUGUCCAACCGGAAGUGAGAGUAACAGCCGGAAGUGCUUCCUCCGGCGGUGCAAAUUCCAACAAUAACCGCGAGGCAAAUAAUGCUAGAACAAUGUCAACAUCGACAACAGCAGCAGCGGCAGGAGGUAAUAACGGCUCAUCCGGAUCGAAAACGGGUGGAGCAAGACGAAAGUCCAACAGUCAGCACUCGUCCCCGGCCAAGUCCGAUACGGAGACGACGUUCUCCGAGUUUCAGCCCCGUGUUUCGGACUCGUCGGAAUCGGACGAGGAAUCGGUGUCCGAGAUUCUAUUGGCUUGUCUCUGUCUAAGGCCAGAUCUGUUGGUUGACUCAUUUCCGCUAGAUCAGCAGUCAAUCGAGAUUCCGGAGACGGAGUGCUCGGACAGUUGCGAGAACGACGUCGACAUGGAUGAGUCGGACAGUUGUGACAACGAUGCCGACGAUAAUGAUGAUUCGGAAGACGACGAGGAGGACGAUGACGAUAUUCACAAUACGGUCGUGACGGGAGGAAAAUUUCUGCUGGAGAAUGACGACGACAUCGAUCACGAAAGUGGUAGCGGUGGCGGUAGUGGUACCGGCGGAGGAGGAGGAGGAGGCGGAAGUGGUUCACACGACAAGAAAGCCCGCCUUGAAGCUCUGCUGGAAGCAGCAGAUGAAGCAGCCCAAGCCCUCACCCGCAUGCGUUCGAGCGAAGGUGGCGGAAGCCCACGGGACAAGAAAAAUGCUCUUCGUAAUUUCAGCUUGCUCUCGCGCUCGCUGCUCGCCGCCUGUACCGAUAACGACGUCAACACCGUCCGGCGGCUACUAGGCGAGGGCAACUCGCUGAACGAGGCCACCGACGAUGGCGAUUCGUUGCUAUCGCUGGCCUGCUCGGCCGGUUAUUACGAACUGGCACAGGUCCUACUGGCAAUGUCAGCACAGGUGGAAGACCGAGGUCAGAAGAACGACUGCACCCCUCUGAUGGAGGCAGCUUCGGCCGGUCAUGUGGAGAUAAUCGGGCUUUUGCUAAAGCACGGUGCGGAUGUGAACGCUCAGUCAUCAACCGGUAAUACCCCCCUCAUGUAUGCCUGCGCUGGAGGACACGAAGAAGCGGUCAAAGUGUUGCUUAAUCAUGGAGCCAACGUGGAGGAUCAUAAUGAGAAUGGACAUACGCCGCUCAUGGAAGCAGCUUCGGCUGGACAUGUAGGAGUUGCUAAGAUUCUGCUGGAGCACGGUGCCGGCAUCAAUACGCACUCGAACGAGUUCAAGGAGAGUGCGUUGACACUGGCAUGCUACAAGGGCCAUCUGGAUAUGGUUCGAUAUCUGUUGGAGGCUGGUGCUGAUCAGGAACACAAAACUGAUGAAAUGCACACAGCCCUGAUGGAAGCGUCGAUGGAUGGUCACGUAGAGGUCGCUCGAUUGUUGCUGGAUUCCGGUGCCCAAGUGAACAUGCCGACGGAUUCGUUUGAAUCGCCCCUUACGCUGGCAGCCUGCGGUGGUCACGUGGAUCUAGCGAUGCUUCUGAUUGAGCGUGGCGCCAACAUCGAGGAGGUUAAUGACGAAGGUUACACUCCGUUGAUGGAAGCCGCAAGGGAGGGACACGAAGAGAUGGUAGCAUUACUAUUACAGCAAGGUGCCAAUAUUAAUGCUCAAACGGAGGAAACUCAAGAAACUGCCCUGACACUUGCUUGUUGCGGAGGAUUCGUGGAGGUUGCCGAUUAUCUAAUCAAACACGGUGCCGACAUUGAGCUCGGAGCGUCUACACCACUGAUGGAAGCCGCCCAGGAGGGGCACAUCGAUCUGGUUAGAUUUCUGCUAGAGAACCGUGCGGAUGUGCAUGCGCAAACUCAAACAGGCGAUACCGCACUGACGUAUGCUUGCGAAAAUGGUCAUACCGAAGUGGCAGACAUUUUACUGUACUACCGGGCCGAGCUGGAGCAUGAAUCCGAGGGAGGUCGAACGCCACUGAUGAAGGCCUGUCGUGCUGGGCACUGGUGUAUCGUAAAGUUCCUCAUCGAGAAGGGUGCCGAUGUGAAUCGACAUACGACGAACAACGAUCAUACACCACUGUCUUUGGCGUGUGCUGGGGGUCACCAGAACAUCGUUGAACUCCUGCUGAAGAAUGUAGCCGAUCCAUUCCAUAAGCUCAAGGACAACAGCACAAUGCUAAUCGAAGCUGCCAAAGGUGGUCACAUUGGAGUGGUGCAGCUUUUGCUGGAUUUCCCACAUUCGCUGAUCAGUGCCAACACAGCGGCCCAGCAAAACCUUUUGAACAAUGGCCAAAUCCAGCUUCAACAGGCUCAACAGCAAUUGCAACAACAACAGCAGCAAGCUGCUCAACAGCAACAAUUAAUAAUCACCCAAAAUCAACAACAGCAACUUCUUGCCGCACCACCUGGUCUGGUUCCAGUUCCGGAAUCUCUUCGUGUUUCCAACAAGCAAAUGUUCCAACAGCAUCCGCCAAAGGAUGGACUCGAUCAGCAACAGCAACAGCAGCAGCAGCAACAACAACAACAGCAGCUACUGACUAACAAUCAGAUGCUGGCGAAUCCAAACGUUUUCCUUGAUGGCAACAUUGCUUCGGCUGAUCCCUCAAUCCUCGCUCAAAUGAGACUGAUUCAGAUGCAAGGUUUUAAGCACGGUCUCGCCCAUGGUCUUUCACGAGCUCCUGGACAACAACAACAACAACAACAACAGGCUAUUCUUUCUCAGCAAAUCCCUUCACAUCUGGCAGCUGCUCAGCAGCAGCAGCAACAACAGCAACUCAUCCUACAGGGCGCCAACAAUGCAGCUGUUGUACAACAACAGCAGCAGCAGCAACAACAGCAACAGCAGCAGCAGCAAGUGGUUGGUCCUGCUGGUAACAAGCAGCGUAGUUUACUUCGUAAGAAGCAACAACCCACAGCAACGGUUCCUGGCGCUCAACAACAACAGCAGCAACCAUUGGCUUUUGAGACAAAUCUUACCAGUUCUGAGGCGCAGCAAGUACGCAGCGAACCCAUUGGCGAAGAUAACGGUGGUGGCGGAGGAAAUGGUAGCGGUCCGACUCAACAGCAACAACAGCGAGCGGGUGUGGUAAUGCGAUCCGACUACGAGGUCCAGUACCAGAGGCAGAUGCGAGAAAUGUACCAAAAGUCGCAGAAAGCAAACAUCCAGUUCAUCUGUGAUUCGAACGGUCCGCCACCGACGCUGCUGCCACCCACCGGAACCUAUAUCGAUAUUACUACGCCGGCUCAAGGAGGAAAACCAACAGAUAGUGGUCUAGUUAUUGCAACAUCAUUGCCAACAACGCUGCAGCAGCAUCAGCAACAUCAGCAGCAACAACAACAACAACAGCAGCAGCAGUCAUUACAACUUGCGGCACAUACGAAUACAGUUCCAACCGGUUCAGUCGCAGCAUCAUCUGGUAGCAGCGGAACUCAUCUUACCGGUCCUUCGGAGGUAUCCCAGAGUACCGCAAUCAGUGACCGACCGAAGGUAAAGCCCGUCUCGAAGAAGGAUGCCAAAAAUAAUCGCAAGUCGGCAGCUGCCGCCGCUGCAGCAGCAGCCGCAGCCCAGCAACUGCAAGCCACUGGCCAACAGCAGCAGCAACAGCAACAACAACAGCAGCAGCAGGUAUGGCCAAGCACACCGAGCACCCUACAACAGAAUCAAAUGGUGUCAAUUUAUAACAACUUGUCUGUGAUUCCAACCUCGGAGCAGAAUGUUCAGGUUCUUCAGCAGUCGCUAUCGAACCUCAGUCUCCAGUCACCGGUGGGUUCGGUUGCUGGCAGUUCCGGUGCGCCAUUGUCCGUGUCGCAAACCAAACAGCAACAAUCGGCGAUCGCAGGCAAUCGUACCAAUUUCGCAUCGGCCAAGUCGCGACCGUCACUAGCAGUGAUUCCUUCGAACAACAACAGCAACAACAACAACAACAACAACAACAACAUGGUUCCUACGUCCAGUCUAUCAGUGAUUACCAGUGCUGCUGCAGCCGCAGCCGGGACGAUCACCUCUGUGCCAGCGAAUGUAAUUCAAACUACGAAUAAUCUUAUUAGUCAGCUCGAUCAGCAGACCCUAGAACUAACCAAUUCUUCAUCGGUGAACGCUACUACCAAUAGCGUUGUUAGCAGCCACAGCGGUGGAAGUAGCUCCGCUGGAAGUAGUAGCAGCAGUGCUAGUGGAAGUAGCAGCUGCAGCAGCAGUUCCAGCUCCAGUGGAAGCAGCAGUACCACUACGACCACAAGUAGCAACAAUAGCGGUGGCACUGUGAGUGGAAUCGGUACGGGAGGAGGAGCAGGAGUAGGAGGUGGAGGUGGUGUAUUAGGAGGAAAUAGCAGUGGUCACAGCUCUGAGCACGAGAACCAACUGAACCAGCUAGCCCUGAAUACGUUGUGCAAUCAGAAGAUGUUGCAAAAAAUCGCCGAACGUUUCAUGGUUGAUCCACCUAAAUCACCCCCGGAUACUCCACCAUUGAGCUGCUCCAAUCCAGAUGGACCUUCGUCACCGCCGCCCAGUGGUAAAGGAUUAGCCAACAAUGCCGAAUUAGCCGAUCUGUCCCGUAUUUUCUGCGAAGUGAUGCAUGAUUUCCGCUCCGAUUUACUACCCACGCCGGAGUUUGUUCAAGUGCAUCAGCAUGUUUCCAACAUAAUUCAACAUAAGGCUGGUAGCAAUCAAAUUAAACUCAGCGAAGGUGAUGGCCACCAUCAGUACGUGGAGGACGGAGACGAACAUCUGCAGAUGUUCAACAUAGACGAUUCGGAAAACGAAACCAUGUCCGAGUGUGUGGGAGGCAUCUAUCCGACACUGGACGAAUCACUUGAAACGUUCAAUCCGGAGGACGGUUCGGUUGUCGCUGCUGACGGAUCCCGAGAGACAAUCUACAACUACGAGUGGGUUGAAUGUAUCGAUGAAGUUAUUCAUGCUCUGAACGGGUGCACUGAUAUACCGGUGGCAUUGCAGGAAAUGGCGGCUAACCUAAGCUGCCAGGAUAUCGAUGCCUACGCCAAUCUCAUCGGAAUGAAUUCAUUCUGCAAGACACGUUGGGCCGGCAAUCAAAGUCAGCUGACCACGUCCGGUACGUCGUCGCCAAUCGAGGAGGACGGUAACAACAUCAACCUGUCGGAAGCCGGUGCAGAACAGUGUGGUUUCCGGCAGGCCACUGCCACUGGUCAGACAGCGGCCGGUCAGUUGAUGGCGUUCGAUCCGAACCAGCAGAUAUCGCUCGAUCAGCUACAGCUGCUCAGUCAAUUGCAGGCAACUACCACCGCUUCGGGAGCAACCGUACUACACCAUCAACCGGGUGGAGCGGCAGGAGUACCCGGUGCUACCGCCGGCGAUGGCCAACAGCCCAAGUUUGUGUUUAAUGUCGAUGCGGACAAGUCCUCGCAGGUGCAUUUGCUGUUUCAGCUGCCAACGACUCAGCAACAGCAGCAGCAACAGCAUCAACAACAGCAACAACAGCUGCAACUUACCCAGGAACAGCUCGAUCAGCAUACGAUCGGUGGACAGUGUAAUGUGACUUUACAGCAGGCUGCCGCACUACAACAGGCACAACUACAGCAGCAGCAGGCGGUAGCCGCCGUUCAACAACAGCAACAGCAGCAGCAGCAGCACCAACAACAGCAACAACAAUUCCAGUCACCAAAUAUUGUACAUCCCAGUUCUGUGAUUCUGGCUCAACAGCAACAAGCCCAGUCGGCGCAACAGCUGCAGCAAUUGCAUGCCCAGGCCCAGGCAGCACAUUGCACCCAGCAUGCGCAGGUACAGGUUGCCACACAGACGCAGCAACCCCAGACGGGUGGUUUGUUGAUACCACGUCAGCAGAGCCCACAGACCGUGGAUACGGCAACCUCAACCGGUGGAAAAGUUGGCACGAAGAAAGCCGAUAAAUCUCGCAAAGAAAAAAAUCGAUUGGCAGGAGUAAGACAGGCACCAGCCGGUCAGCAGAGUGCUACCGCCGGUGGAUACCAGUUCGAUGCUAGUCCAACACCGGCCCCGAUCCAGUACCCGACGGCCAUUCCAACGAAUGUCGUACAGGAGCGACAGAUCGAUGUGGACUCCGAAACCGAUUCCAAUCAUGAUACUGCCCUCACCCUGGCCUGUGCCGGUGGUCACGAAGAACUGGUCGAACUACUCAUCAAUCGUGGCGCCAACAUUGAGCAUAAAGACAAGAAGGGUUUCACUCCGUUGAUCCUGGCCGCUACGGCAGGACACGAGAAAGUAGUCGAAACUCUGCUUCGGCAUGGUGCAGAAAUGGAAGCGCAAUCCGAGCGAACCAAAGACACACCACUGUCGUUAGCUUGCUCCGGUGGACGGUACGAAGUGGUGGAACUGCUUCUCAACAUGAAUGCAAACCGGGAGCACCGAAAUGUUUCCGACUACACGCCACUGAGCUUGGCUGCCAGCGGUGGUUACGUGAACAUUAUCAAACUACUGCUCAGUCAUGGAGCGGAGAUCAAUUCACGAACUGGUAGCAAACUGGGAAUCAGUCCGCUCAUGUUGGCGGCAAUGAAUGGACAUACGGCUGCGGUGAAGUUACUGUUGGACAUGGGUUCCGAUAUUAACGCUCAAAUCGAGACAAAUCGGAAUACCGCUCUGACGCUUGCUUGCUUCCAAGGUCGACAUGAAGUCGUUAGUCUACUGUUGGAUCGCAAAGCCAAUGUUGAACAUCGCGCCAAAACCGGACUGACACCUUUGAUGGAAGCUGCUUCCGGUGGUUACAUCGAAGUUGGUCGAGUCCUGCUGGACAAGGGAGCUGACGUGAACGCUGCUCCGGUUCCGUCGUCCCGUGAUACCGGUCUGACAAUCGCUGCUGACAAAGGUCACAUCAAAUUUGUCGAAUUGUUGCUGUCACGUGGAGCAGCUGUCGAAGUGAAGAACAAAAAGGGCAAUUCCCCACUCUGGCUGGCUGCCAAUGGUGGCCACCUGCCGGUCGUUGAAGUACUGUGCAAUGCUGGAGCGGAUAUUGACUCGCAGGACAAUAGAAAGGUGUCCUGUUUGAUGGCUGCUUUCCGCAAAGGCCACACGAAGGUCGUCCGAUGGAUGGUCACCCAUGUGACGCAGUUUCCGUCGGAUCAGGAAAUGACACGAUACAUCAGUACCAUCAGCGAUAAGGAUCUGCUGGAGAAGUGUCACGAUUGUGUGAAGAUUAUUCGUCAAGCCAAGGAUCAGCAGGCGACCAAGGCGAACAUCAAUGCUUCUAUUCUGCUGAAAGAGUUGGAUCUGGAAAGAAGUAGGGAGGAGAGCCGCAAAGCGGCAGCCGCUAAGCGGCGUGAACGUAAAAAGCGCAGAAAGGCUGAAAAACGAGAACAGCAGCGGAAGCUGGUCGAAGGUGAUAGCAAACCAGGCAACAGCGAUGAUGACGACGACGGGGACGACGAUAAGGAUGAUGAUAAUGAUAGUGACCAUGAUGACGAUGACAUCAUUGGUGUCCCAAUGCAUAGCAUUGCAGGAAAUCGUUCCGUUGCGGCUGCUAACAGCAGAGUGCAACCGCGUGAUCAUCAUCAUCAACAUAGCGCCUCGGUUGCUGUCGCUAACAAUGCCGCGAAUGCCGCUGCAAACGACAAGGAGGAAGGAGAUUCCGGCAUCGAUGCCAACAGUCAGGGUUCGUGCUCGAGCUCCGAUGUUAAAUCUUCUAGUUUGAUUGAACAGCAAAGAAAGAAUAACAAAAAACGUAAACAACAGCAGCAACAGCAACAUCAACAAUCUCGAGCAAGUUCGGCUAUUACAACUAAAGUCGCACAUGCCAAACAGCAACAACAGCAACAACAACAGCAGCAGCAGCAACAACAGCAGCAGCAACAACAGCAGCAUCAUCAGCAAUCCCAGUAUCCGAAUCAAACUCGACAAAGUAACAGCCCAGACAGCAGCACGACAACAACGGCCAGCAGCAACAGUUCUGUGGUUCAGGAUAAACACCAACAGCAGCAAAAGGAAAAACCUGCUGCUGCAGGCCAUCAACAGCAGCAGCAACGUCGUCAACAGUUGAAUGAAUCGGCAAAACGUGGUGGUGGUGACCAUUUUGAAAGUAAACACCGUGAAAAAAUUAUCGAAAAAGAGAAUGUGGCUCCAAAGGAGCCGCCCUCGAAGGUAGAUGGAAAACAACGAGAUCAUCAUCAAUUGUUGCAGCAACAGCAGCAGCACCAUCAACACCAGCAACAGUCGUCGUCUCAUCAUGGAAGCAGUCAUCAGCAGCAGCAGCAAGGUAAUCGCAAAUCGAUCAUCGUUUUCGGUUCCAAUCGUCACACGGCGGUUGACAAGGAAGAUCACGAUGGCAGUGAGUCAACUACCUUCUACAACAGCAGCAGCAGCAGCAGCAGUAGCGGUGCGGGCAAUCAACAGAAGAAAAAUCAUGCCAACAGUAAAACCUCGUACUAUCAUAGCGAAGAUCACCAACAGCAGCAGCAGCAAAAAUCAACAAGUCCAACUAAACAAACAACCGUUUCAUCGGGGGGUGGUGGAAACAGCAGCAGCAUGGUCAGUGCAGUGCUGCAGCAGAACAGUAGCAGCGGUGGUGUAGUGGCCGCCGCCAAACGUGAGGAAGGUUGGAAGGAAGUCGUUCGGAAGAGUUCCGUUCAGCAGAGCCAGUCUUCUCCGAUGGAAUGCAAGAAGGUUCAGGUUCCGGUGCACGCAAUCUCUCGGGUUAUCGGUCGUGCCGGUAGUAACAUCAAUGCAAUUCGUGCGGCCACCGGUGCCCAUAUCGAAGUCGAAAAACAGGGCAAGGUUCAAGGUGAUCGAUCGAUUACCAUCAAAGGAUCACUCGAGGCGACCAAACAGGCUCACUCGUUGAUAGCCACUCUGAUCAAAGAUCCGGACGUCGAUAUACUGCAGAUGCUUCCGAAGCAUAACACUGCCAAAAGCAGCUCUUCCUCGGCCUCACCUGCCCCCGUGCAUUCUUCUUCGAUGCCAACUGGCGGCGGUGGUGGACUUACUAUCCAAUCCGGUUCAACGGCACCGACCCUGUCGGCAGUAGUCGCUUCCGGAAAUGCUGCCUCGCUGAUGGGUUCUUCUGCGGGAAUGUCCAAAGGAAAGAACGUAUUUGUCGCAUCGAAUCAGAACAAACCGGUUACGGCUUCGGCCGUUCUCGCCGCAGCCACCGGAAAAUCUAUGUCCGGAGGAGGAGGAGGUGGUGGUGGGAUACUAACUCGUCCUCAGGCAGCUAAGAAUCUAUUUUCCGGUUCCGGUGGUGUUAAUACCUCGCAGGCUUCACGUUUUAUUACACCCAACACUUCAUCGUCGACGGGUGGUGGACUAGGAAAGGAUGGCGGCAAACGUAUGAGUUCGGCCACAGCGAACAAUUUAUCGAAAAAUGCCUACGCCAGCAUGAUGCAAUCAAUUAAGCACUCAAUCAAAAACUCUACCAGUAACAGUGGUACCAACAACAACAACGCGAUCAGUAAUACUUUCGCUAAACUGGUUGCCGAAAGUGCCGGUGUUUCGUCCGGCGGGUCUUCUGCCAUCCACCAGCAGCAGAAAAAGCAAACCAACAACAACAACAACAAUCAGACAUCGUCGGUCGUCUCCCCACCUACCAACGCAGCAGUUUCAAGUGUGACGAACAGUAGUAGCAGCAGUACAUCAUCGUCGUCGUCGUCCAAUACAACAGUCAGUGCCCCGGUAACGAUCCGUCAACCGGUGCAAAUUCUACAGUCACCCGCUAAGGGUUUACCCGCGCCAUUCGGAAACUUGGCACAAUCUGCUAACACCAGCAGCAACAGCAACGUUCUAAACAACAGCAAUAUCGCUGCCAGCACUUCGAUCUACACCUCUACUUACCUUUCGUCGUCAUCGUCUGGUGGUUCAACCACGAUGGCCACUUCACUAUCCAGUUCGAUUGUUGCACCAUCGCAGCAACAACAUCUAGUAGCACCAAUUCAGCCACCAACCAAAAUGAGUACUUUUAUUCCACCGGUCGCAUCCAGUGGCGCUGGUCCCACGAUUGUCGAUUCAGCUGCACAUCCGACGUCUAGCAGCAGCAGCAGCAGCAGCGCAUCUAUUGCUCCCGUGGGAACCGGUUCCGGUCGAUCAAUUACCCCCAUCGGACAACCACCGGUGGCCCGUGGAAAUAUUACCCCGUCUCCACUGUUACAGGCGGCAGCAUCUUCUUCGGCAUCAGCAUCCUCUCACCUGGACUCGAUUUCAGUUGUCGUACCCACCGCUAUCGGCAGUGGAGUCCCAACGGCCGGUCCGAUUGGAAGUGGUUUAUCAACAAUAGUAUCGUCGUCGUCGUCAUCGUCGGCUUCGUCAUCAUCAUCUGCGGCGGCGGCGGCGGCGUCCGGAUUGUCUGCCAAUAACUCAGCGAUCGCUCAGUUACAAUCGAAAAUCAACAAUAACUUGCAUGCCAAUGCGCAGGCGCAUGAGUAUUCUCUGUUCAACGACUCCUACGGUAGCAGUCAGUGGGGCUCGAAUGGUGGUGGAACAAGCGGACCGGGUGGCAGCCAUCUUCAUCAACAUCGUCAGCAGCACCAGGAAACCUCGCACCAUCAUCAUCACAACCACAGCAGCCAUCAUCAUCAUCAUCACCCGCACGGUCAUCACCACGCGGGAGGAGUGCUCAGCUCGGUAGGUACCGGUGGUGUAUUGGACAGUGUUUCCGGUGGCGGUGGAGGGGCUGGUAAAACCAUCUACAGCCAUCCGCACGGUGCCGGUUCGUCCUUCAUCGAGAAUGAAUCUCCGCUGCAGGUCGAUGCUUCGAAAGCUCCGGGUUAUCGUGGAACCAACGUGUCUUCACCGGUCAGUUCCAAAACGUCAAGCAAUUCGGGAACACCCCCGUCGGCUUCAUCAAGCUCUUCGUUGUCUCAGCAGCAACAACAGCAGCAACAACAACAACACCAACAGCAGCAGCAUCAACAAUCCCAUCUACUGUCGACUGGGCCGCCAACUAGUAGCAACAGUUCUCUGCAGCAACAGCAAUCCCAGGGAGUGGUUCAACAUCAACAACACCAACAAUCGCAAUCGGUACAAUUCCAGUCACCGAAUGAGCACAACGUUAUCAAGCCACCUCAGCAGCAACAACAGCAACAGCAGGCUCCUCCCAGUGGUCUGGCAGUUCAGCGUCCGCUUAUGAAUCCUUCGUCUCAGAUACGCCCCAUCGGUCCGGUUACUUCGGACUACGGUGGACUGGUAGGUUCCCGAGAUCAUCCACCGCCUCUGGUAGGUAACUCUCGACCACCAUCAUCGAUGUUCGAAGCUCUUCAAUCGCAAAAUCAACACGUCCUGAACUUUGGUCCGGAUCCGUUACAAUCAUCCUAUCAAAGUCACAUGGGCUUGGGUGGAGGAGGUGGUGGUGGUGGCGGUGGUCUACCACCGAUUUCACGUCUGAAUCCUAAAGCUUCUGCCUUCUCUGCGAUCCCACCGUCGCAAAGUCAUCAACCGGCGGCUCCCGGGAGCAAACUGUCCUCUGCGAAUCAAUUCGGAAACAUGUUCCAUCCGAAUGCGCCUCCUGGUCCGAUAGGGAAGUAUCAGAAUUUACCACCGAACGGAGGUCACCAAAUGCCACCGUAUGGUCCCAAUCGUGGAAACAGUCAGCACGGACCGGCUCCCGGUGGACCCGGGAAUCGUGGUGGAGGUGGUGGUAGUGGAACUAAUUGGUUUUCCGAUCUUGCACAUCUGCAGUCACGCGAUAGCCUGAUGAACAUCGAAAACGGUAUCGCGAUGGCACUGGGAGGUUCACCAACAAUUUCUCCCAAUAACAAUAACCAACCUACUGCCAACGGUGGUGGACUGGUGGGUGGACCCCCGGGAGGAGGCGGAGGUCUUCCACCGCAGCAGGACGAUGGUCGCAAAAUGGCACGAGCUAUUGGUUCCGAGCGCGCCAGUUGGAAGUUCAAUUACGGGUCUAGCGGAGGAAUCGGUGUCGGUAUGGAUAACGACCCAAGUGCCCUGGCAGCAGCUGCGGCAGCCGCAGCCGGCAAUGCACACUGGAUGGUAGAUAAAAACUUGGCUGCAAUGGGUGGCGGUGGUGGAGGUGGUGGAGGUGUCGGUGUCGGUGCGGGUGGUGGAUGUCCCCAGCAAUGGAUGGGCCCACCGCCGAGGCACUUCAUUGACGAUCUUCACUUGCAGGAUCAUUUUCAGCCACUGCAGAUGGAAUACCACAACGCACUGGGUGGUAGCGGCGGAGCCGGUGGUAGUGGUCCGAAUCAGGCCAACAUCAGUUUUAUGCAAUCGCUCCAGUAUCAGUUCAUGCCGGGUGGACCGAACGACAUGGGCGGCAACGAUGGACCUUUGCAGCAGCCGUGGGAGCAUGAGAAGCAUGGCUGGCCUGCUAAAUGGAGUGGACACUAGUAGUUCGGGAGCUACGGAUCGAUGAUGGUGGUGGUGGUGUGGUCGUUUGUGAGCAGAAAGUGUUUCUAAUUUGACGGAUGGGAUAAUAUGCAACCGCGGCAGCAACGUAGCAGAUUCCACCUUCUAAAAUCCCCUACCCUACCCUACUCUACCCCCAACCCCCCAAAACAAUUAUGAGUGUAGGUUUUUUUUCUUUGUUUUCGAUUUUGCUUUCGCUUUAAUACACACAUAAUACAGGUUAGAACAUUAGAUGAACAACGUCAGCCAAUUAAUGGAGAAAAAAAAUAAAAUGCACAGGCAGGAAAAAGCCAAAAGCUUCACUUUUUUGAAGAAGAAAAAAUCAGUUGAUAUUUUGCUUUAUAUACACACAUACACGCUUUAUGUAGAAAUUAGAGAUCUGGAUAAUAAUAUGAAGAAGUAGAGAAAUAAAAACAGAAGUGUUUUAGUUUUGAUGCUCAUCCGGGGAGUACUGUUUUCCUACCCGAAUUGCAUGCCAAAAUAAGAACCACGGACGGAGUAAACGAAGAGAGAGAGAGAAAGUAUAACUAAUUUGAAUCCGGUAUUUUUUUCGUGAGUAAAAAUUGUUUGAUCGAUGGGAUUUCCAAUGAUUCCAAUCGAUAAUCUAAUAUUUUGAAGACAGGUCAAAACAAUUGCUGAAAAUGUAUUACUCGCCCCGUUUUUCCGUACGGGAACUGAAAAGCAAUAAAUCAGACCGAUCAUCGAUAAUUUUUUUUAAACUUUUUUCAAUAUUUUUUUUUGUAAUUCUUAAAAAUUAAUAUUAAUAAUAUUCAGUCUACUUUUACCAGCUACUUAAACGUUCGCAGCACGUGAAAAAAAAUGUAAAAUCCUUACAGGACACCCUGAAGAAAUUAUCCAACGUGAAAUAAUUUACUCAUCUAUGACAUUUCAUGAAACGUUGAGCAAAAUACAUACAAGCGCAUAAAGCAUAACUGCAGAAGAAAAAAAAACUAAACCAGAUCCAAAAAGAAUACUAUUAAUAUAAAAUAUCGAAACAAAAACAAAAGUCUAUUCAGCAAACGAAAAAAAAAGCAAAUAAUACUCUGAACAAAAGGGACUUAGCUCACCAUGAAACUUAUACUAAAAACAAUUAUCCACUAGAGGACAUUUCCUUUUUGAUUUUCUAUUUUGUUCCUACCAAAACACGGCAUACUUUGAUGAUGUUAUAAUUUGCUUCAAUGUGUCGUCAUUUGGUUGGUUAGGCGUCGUCGUCGUCGUCGAGAUUGCUUGGAUGUGCUGCGUGCAGUGACACACUCUAACACUAACGAAGCUGAGCUAAGAAAUAAAAUCAGAAAUCAGAAAUUGAGGCGCCAAACAUUUUGCGCCGCCGAAAAUCCGCUAAAACCCACACAGCAGCAGAAGCAGAGUAAGCAGCAACAAAAUUCAGUAAACUAACCAAUCCCAAAUAACAGUAAAUAUAAUGAAUGAAUGAAACAAAACGCAGAUACCAUCAGAAGAAAGAAAAAGAUAUAUUGCCUAAUAUCGGUGUUUGUGUAUUUUCUAGAGCUUCUCUCACGCACUCUUUCAGUAUGCAACAGAAUAAUGAAGAUAAAAGAUGACGAAUAGUACAGAAAUCAAGCCCGUGGUGAAAUUCGCCUACGAAUUGAUUGAAGAUGGGUUCUGAUGAUUGGAUUGAAACAGAAACUAAACCCGUAAAGGGAAGGUUUUAUGAUAACAGAAGAGAAGGAAGAAGAAGAAAAAAGAACACUGAAGGGAAAGGAACUAACUACUAUUACUCAUACUACUAUAACAAAAAAAGCUAUGAAAUUGCGAAAACAGAAAAAAAUAAUAGAAAUUAACUAAAUAGCAGAACUAUGCGCGCGCGGGCAUGUUUGGUAGAAAACUACGUAAAAUGAUGGCUUAGUGAGGAGAAAAUAAAGCUAUAAUCUACGAUAAACAAACAAAAACAA